AUGGCGCACUCGCACUCACACACGGAGCCACAGGCGCAGCUCCAGCGACCGGGACAUCAGGUCCUGGAUCAGUUCCCGCAGCUGCAGGAGCUGAUGGCUGCGAAUGAGAAGUGGGCGGGGGAGAUCAAGGCAAGGGAGCCAGAGUUGCUCGAGACGUUGUCGAAAGGACAAGCUCCCAAGAUCCUCUGGAUUGGCUGUGCCGACUCUCGAGUCCCGGAGAGCGUCAUUUUGGCUCGGAACCCCGGAGAGGUGUUCGUUCUGCGAAACGUCGCCAACCAGUUCCGGCCAGAUGAUGAUUCUGCCAACGGUCUGCUCGAGUAUGCCGUCGGUCCGGUCGGCGUUGAACACGUUAUCGUCUGCGGCCAUUCGGGCUGCGGCGGCUGCGUUGUCGCCCACGGUCUCCCCAAUCCCAAAUUCGAAGAGAACGACACCUCGGAUACACCCCUUAUGCGGUUCAUCGAACCCAUCGUGACCCUCCGCCACAGCCUCGAGGGCACGUGUACCGUCGAUAAGCUGAUAGAGGAGAACGUCAAGGUCGGAGUGCGGAACGUGGUGGCUAGCGAGGCUAUGCGGAAUAGUUGGGCGAGGGCGGGGAGAGGGGAGGGCAAGAAGGUGUGGGUGCAUGGAUGGGUUUACGACAUCAAGUCGGGUCGCCUGCGCGAUCUGGGUAUCUCGGUCGGUCCUCCCGAGCACGAAUAG